AACUUUCAUACUAGGCCAUGCAUCAAGCCCUUGAUUGUAAGAAAGUUAGCUCUUUAACAUCAAUGGCAAUGAAAUCUACAUUGUUAGUUACUCUUUUGGUGGUUGUUUUAGUAGCAUCACAAGCUGAAGCUCAACUUGGUGGUCUCCUUGGUUUGUUUAACAUUGGUGGAACAAUAUUUUGUUCCGCAAAUGGCAAUGCUAUCACAAACGCCACAACCGCAACCCCUCCAUUUGCAAAUGCCCUAGUCCAAGUAUCAUGUGGCGGAAAUGUGAUAUCCUCGGCCUUAACUAAUGGAGCGGGAGUAUUCAGCAUCGUUCUGAACCCGCUUCAAUUUAUUCUCACUAACCUCUUAUCAAACUGCAACGUGGUUGUUGCUUCACCACUCUCGAGCUGUAACUCAAACCUACCAUCAACCGGAAUUCUACAAGCACCACUACAGCUAGUGGGGACUGUGGUUCGUGGGCUUUUGAGCAUUGUGAAUAUUAUUCCGGGCACAUUCCAACUCAUCGGGACUUGAUGAUUUCAGAUUGCCUCUAUAUAUAAUGUAUGAAUAAAGGAAGAUGUUGAUUGUAGUCACAUCUUUCCAUUUUAAAUGUUUGUAACAAUAUGUCUUUCAAUAUUAACUAAACGUAUUUGGAUAUUAUAUGUUUGUAACAGUAUGUCUUUCAAUAUUAACUAAACGUACUUGGAUAUUA